AUGUCCGGGGAGCUCAUAGUCAAGGAGCAGUCCUCAGUGGAUGCGGCAGAUACCUUUGCCUUGCCUCCCGCCGCUAUCAGUCCUGCGAGAAUGGUCGCUGCCAGCAGAAGGUCCUCCAAGUCGGAUCCGACCCUCUGCUUUCCCGCGUCGCCUGCAUCACCCAACCUGGUCAUGGGCAGCAUUGCCAACUCACCCCGUCAGACUGGAAUCAAGAGACCCCUGGAAGAUUUUGAUCUGCCACCGCCGCCGACACGCACCCGCAAGAUCAUCCAGAUGAAACCCAAGACCCAGAGCCAACCCAAGCCAGCCGCACCGGCUCCCAGCAACAAGGCCUCGGCGAAAGACAGCACCAGCAAGGCCGCCGCAAACAACACAGCCCCAACGAAUUCCAAGAAGAAACAGCCCAGUGCCACCAGUGCGGCCGGUCGGAAGAUCGCGAGAAAGACAGCACACAGCUUGAUCGAGCGACGACGAAGAUCCAAGAUGAAUGAGGAGUUCGCUACGCUCAAGGACAUGAUCCCUGCCUGUCAGGGACAGGACAUGCAUAAGCUCGCCAUUCUGCAGGCAAGCAUUGAUUAUGUCAACUACCUCGAGCAAUGCAUAUUAGACCUCAAGACGGCCGGCGGCCGUCCAGCGAGGCAGACUCCAAGCAUGCCACCAGCCCCACCCUCUCCAACUUCGCCAGUAGCCCUCGGAGAGGAGUCAGGGUCGACGUCUUCGGCUUCCGUGUCUCCAGCGCUUCUUCCAACCGAUGCUUCGACCUCAAACGCGACUUCACCCAUCUUCCCCCCAACGGCCCAAACACCUGCUCCUUACGGAUCCCUCCCGGAUUUCCGAUGCUCCUUCGCAGCCUACCCCGUCCCGGAACCAGUUCCGUCCGCCCGAGAGACGUCCCGCUCAGCACGGACCUCGUGGGCGGCAUCAUCAACUAGCACCUCGCCGUUCUUGCCGCCGCAGAACGCCCGCGCAUCCCCCGCCGAUGUCGAUCACGAAGCAUCGGCCGCCUUGCUGAUGCUUAACCGGGACUGUCGGGGCUCCGUUGGCUCGGUGCACGAUGCACACGUACCUCCGGUUCCUCUUGCGCGGAGGGAAGACCCAAGCGCGGGGCAAGAUCCGCAGAGGAAACUGGGCAUGAGUGUGAAGGAUCUGCUUAUAUCUUAA